AUGGAGGAGACGUUACCGCCGGAAAUCAUGCAACAGUUAGAGAAGUUUCACGAAGCAUUAACGUUACUGGAGGAAACUUAUAGUGUUAACUUCUCAGAUCCUCUGGAAAACUCACGGAAGCCGCCGUUAGAAAAAUUAAAAAUUGAUUUAAUGUCUGUGUUUGUGAUUAAUUCGCUUUAUUGGAUAUUUCUUUGUACACAUGGUCGAAAACCAAGAAGAGAAGCAUUUCUGGAAAAUGAAAUGACUCGAGCCAAGGAUUAUAUGGGGCAGUUGAAGGAGUUGGAAGAGCGAGGAUUAGCACCUUGCUUGAAUCAACGGGUGGCAAAAAGCCUUGUGCGAAAUGCACUAUGGGAACCCCAAGAGCGAGAAAAGCUAGAAACAUCUAGUGUUAGAUUUUCCUACGAAAUUUCAAUCCAAGCUGUUAUUUAUAGAGAAACUGAUGCCACUAACGAUUUAUCUGAAUUAGAAGAACGGGAAGUCGGAUCUAAUGCGGUAUAUCAAAAUAUAACUGAUGUGGAUAAAAUAGAAGAGAAAGCUUCUGUCGCUGUGAAUUCAGUAUCAGUGAAAAAUGUAUCAAAACGGUCAUCUAAGGAGGCGAAUUUCACAAUGAAAGAUCAUACUAAGUCAAAGAAAAAGCGAUUGUAA